AUGGCUGAUCGACUUGUUUCUAACUUUAAGCAAUUGGCAUCGGAGGUCAAUCUCCAGGACAGGGAUUUCCAAAUUGCCAUUGCCUCAAUUCUCUUCAAUCCAACUUUUUGGAACAUUGCCGCCAGAACCGAGUACAAGACUCACCUUCUGACCAAAUUGGCCUUCAAUAAACCCAAAUUCGGCUGCUAUUUACUCGCAUUAACCAUUUUCUCCCUGGGUCUAUUCAGAGAUUAUCUGUAUGAAAAGGCACUGAAAAACCAAGCCAGUUCCGUGUUAUUGGCUGAUCCAGUGUUCAGAUACCUAGGAAUUGCAUCCUUCUUGUUUGGAAAUGUUCUCGUUUUAUCCUCAAUGUGGAAGCUGGGGAUUACUGGUACUUAUCUGGGAGACUACUUCGGUAUAUUGAUGGAGGACAGAGUGACCUCGUUCCCAUUCAACAUUGACGACAACCCGAUGUACAAUGGAUCCACUCUUUGUUUCCUUGGAACUGGGUUAUAUUACGGGAAGCCUGCUGGAGUUUUUGCCUCUCUGGUAGUUUAUCUGAUGUACCAGAUUGCACUGAAAUUUGAGGAGCCAUUCACAGCAAAGAUUUAUGCCAAACGGGAAGCGGAGAGAGAACAAAAGAAGAAAAAGAGUUUGUAG